AUGACAACUCAGCUACACAAUGGUCUCCACUUCAUCGGCCACAGUCUGCUGCGUAUUGUCUUCGACCAGAUCACACAGGGCCAGUUGGAGUUUGUGGAGCUGGACCAGCACUUUGACACUAUCCAGAUCGGCGAGGGAGAGGACAAACGCGAGUACACCAUCUUCUCUGGCAAGACAGAGAUGGAGGCUCACCUGAAAAAUCAGUUUCCAGACGACGUCACUGCCAUUGAAACUUUUUACAAAAUCAUGAAGGUGUCAGCCAAGAAGACUCACAAUCUGGCCUCUUUGAAGCUGAUCCCCCAGUGGCUGGCUCUGUUCUUGCUGAAGUCUGGCAUCACAAACCUCUGCUCCUCCAUCUAUACCCUCUCUGGUAGGGACCUUCACGUCAUCUUCAGUUACCUCUUCUACGGUAUCCCCUCCCCCAAGGAUUCCAGUGUUAUGAUCAAUGCUCUUCUGUUGCAACACUACAAGAGAGGAGCGUACUACCCUAAAGGAGGAGCCAGUGAGAUCUCCUACCACAUCAUCCCUGUCAUCCAGAAGUCUGGAGGCAACGUCCUGGUCAGGGCACCCGUCACUCAGAUCCUGGUCAACAAUGACGGGGCAGCAUAUGGUGUAAAGGUGAGAAAGGGACAGGAGGAGGUGGAGGUACAUGCUCCUGUGAUCAUCUCCAACUGUGGUCUGUUCACCACCUUCCAGAAAUGACUGCCCCCUGAGACCCAGACCAAACCAGACAUCCAGGAACGUUUGGACAUGACGAAACAUGGCAGAGGAUCAUUAUUGGUCUUCUCUGGCUUUGAUGGAACCCAAGAGGAGCUGGGUAUUGUCUCCACCAACUUCUGGCUCUUCAAAAAGAAUGAUAUGGAUGUAAAGAGGAUGCACCUGCUAAGUGUGUUUACUUCUUUGUGCCACAAAUACGCUGCAGACGUGUCGGAUGUAUACCAUGUUACAUUUACAGGGAAAUCCUGCAUGACGAUGUUGACCAUGGUGAAAUACGAGUGCUUUGAGGAAUGGACAGAUACCUCAGUAAGGAAAAGGGGAGAUGACUACACCAACUACAAAAUGAAAUUUGCAAACAAUCUUGACUGGGCAUGCACCCUAUUCCCCAAGCUGAGGGAAAAGUUGGUGUUCCAGGACAUUGCGACCCCCCCCCUGACUUACAUGCACUACCUGGGAGCCCAGCGCGGGGCCAUGUACUCUGCUGAGCACAACCUUGGCCGCUUCCAUGCUGAGGCUGUGGCCAGGAACCACUGCUCCACCCCUGUCAAAAACCUCUUUAUCUCAGGGCAGGAUGUGUUCAGCUGUGGGAUAGCUGGAGCGUUGCAUGGGGGUCUCCUGUGUGCCUCCACGGUCCUGGACCACAUCGUCUACAUCAACCUCCUCUUCCUCAAGAAGAAGCAGAAAGAUGGCCAGGCUGGUUAAGAAGCGAGAGUGAGGAGACCACUCCAUUUCUACGCUCCGGAGCGAAGUUUCCCCUAUAAUUGAACUUUCCUAACCUAAAUCACAAGAUGGGACAAUUUUAAAACUGACCCAAGAUCAGCGUCUAGGGCCAGCUUCACCCUACACACUACUUCUACAGUAAGGUAGCCUAUACAGGGUCGAAAAAGAAGAAGAAACCACUAACAUCCGUUUUUCAGGGAUACAGCAUCUUCAACAUAGCUUCCGUUUCCUCUGAAAACCGCAUGUAGGGACCACAGGAGGUUGGUGGUGCCUUAAUUGAGGAGGACGGGCUCGUGGUAAUGGCUGGAGUGCAAUAGGAGGAAUGGUAUCAAAUACAACAAACACAUGGAUUCCAUGUGUUUGAUGCCAUCAGUCGCACCGUUCCUGCCAUUAUUGUGAGCCAUCCUCCCCUUAGCAGCCUCCAUUGGUAGGGACUGCUCAAGCGGUUCUUUUACGCCUGCUAGGUUAACAGUAAGGCUGCUCUCUACUUCCUCCUCAGGACGAAGUCUGAACUGCAGGUUUCAUUCUGAUACGAUGACAUCAUGAGAUGGAAUCCCAACAAACCAUUUCUGGUUACCUCUUCAUUCCUAGAACAUUAGUAUGAAUGUUCUGAGAGGGGUAAAAUGGUUAACACUUUUGGUUAAAACGUUUGACAGAGUUUCCCAGGGAUGUAUACAUAUUGUAUGUCAUUUUACAAUUACAGAUUGAUCCUUGAAUAUGUAUGCACCACUUACACUGUGUCAAAGUUUUAAAUGUUUUAAUGUGAAUCAUUUAAUAUUGUAUUGAUGUAAACAUGUAACAUGAUAAGACCAGGUUCCAGGAUAAAGUGACUAAGGGGACAGUUGAAAUCGGCUAUCGGGCACCAUUUUUGGGUUCUUGCAUUGGAAUUACAUUGAAUUCUGCUUAUAUCAGGUUAUACCACAAUAAACAGUGUAAACCGACA